GGAGUCGCAUUCUACCUGGUCUGGAGGUGUAUCGCCUUCCCACACUCCCUUCUAGUAUUCACCCGGCUACUGCUGAGGUGGGAAAAUAAGUCCUGGGUUGGAGAAUUGAGCUAUUGCAGCACAAACAGAAAGAGCGAAACAGCAAGCCUGAUGGGUUCUUGGAAAGCUUUUGUCUUCUCGCCUUUUCUUCUGUGGAGUCAAAGUAGAGGGGUGAGGUUGAUGUUCUUGUUACUAACCCUGCAUUUGGGAAACUGUGUUGAUAAAGCAGAUGAUGAAGAUGAUGAGGACCUAACAGUGAACAAAACUUGGGUCUUGGCACCAAAGAUUCAUGAAGGAGACAUCACACAAAUUCUCAACUCUUUGCUCCAAGGCUACGACAAUAAACUUCGCCCAGACAUAGGAGUGAAGCCCACAGUAAUUGAAACUGAUGUGUAUGUAAACAGCAUUGGACCAGUUGAUCCCAUAAAUAUGGAGUAUACGAUAGAUAUAAUUUUUGCCCAAACCUGGUUUGAUAGUCGUUUAAAAUUCAAUAGUACCAUGAAAGUUCUUAUGCUCAAUAGCAAUAUGGUUGGCAAAAUUUGGAUUCCUGACACUUUCUUCAGAAACUCAAGAAAAUCUGAUGCUCACUGGAUAACAACUCCUAAUCGUCUGCUUCGAAUUUGGAAUGAUGGGCGAGUUCUAUAUACUUUAAGGUUGACAAUUAAUGCAGAAUGUUACCUUCAGCUUCAUAACUUUCCUAUGGAUGAACAUUCUUGUCCACUGGAAUUUUCAAGCUAUGGAUACCCUAAAAAUGAAAUCGAGUAUAAAUGGAAAAAGCCCUCUGUAGAAGUGGCUGAUCCUAAAUACUGGAGAUUAUAUCAGUUUGCAUUUGUAGGGUUACGGAACUCAACUGAAAUCUCUCACACAAUCUCUGGGGAUUAUAUUAUCAUGACAAUUUUUUUUGACUUGAGCAGACGAAUGGGAUAUUUUACUAUUCAGACCUACAUUCCAUGUAUUCUAACAGUUGUUCUUUCUUGGGUGUCUUUUUGGAUCAAUAAAGAUGCAGUACCUGCAAGAACAUCACUGGGUAUCACUACUGUUCUGACUAUGACGACCCUGAGUACAAUUGCCAGGAAGUCCUUACCUAAGGUUUCUUAUGUAACUGCGAUGGAUCUCUUUGUUUCUGUUUGUUUCAUUUUUGUUUUUGCAGCCUUGAUGGAAUAUGGAGCCUUGCAUUAUUUUACCAGCAACAAAAAAGGAAAGACAACUAGAGAUAGGAAGUUAAAAAACAAGGCCUCGGUGUCCUCUGGUCUCCAGCCUGGAUCCACUCUGAUUCCAAUGAACAGCAUCUCUCUGCCACAAGGAGAAGAUGAUUAUGGGUAUCAAUGUCUGGAGGGUAAAGAUUGUGCCAGUUUCUUCUGUUGUUUUGAAGAUUGCAGAACAGGAUCUUGGAGGGAAGGAAGGAUACACAUACGCAUUGCCAAAAUUGACUCCUAUUCACGAAUAUUUUUCCCAACAGCUUUUGCCCUGUUUAAUCUGGUUUAUUGGGUUGGCUAUCUUUACUUAUAAAUUCCAUUUCCUAGGCAAAAAUCAUAAAUCUAACUGAAUCCAACAUUAUCUAUUGUAUUUCAGUUAGCAUGAAGUUUAACUUUAAGAUGCAGUAAACCAUGGUUAAGAUAUGAACAAUAAUGUUACUAUUUUAAGGCUUUCAUAGGUGGAUAAAAGAGAAAACUUUAAUUGAUGAAGUUUAUACAAACAAGAUUAGCUGCAAAAUACAGUAUAUUAAAAUACCAUUAUAUAUAUAUUUUUUACUUUAAUUUUCUUUAUUUUACUUAUUCCAUAUUAGGAUUUUUAGUUUAUAGGUUCUGCGUUUCAAAUUUUAAUACAUGUUUUAUUUUAAUAUAAUCUAUCAUUGUUUGUAAUGGGAAACUAAUCCUAAGGCCUAGUAUUUGUGUAGGAAUUUUACAUCUAGAAAAGACUAUUAAUUUGCUUUUUGUGUGUUAUGUUUUAUUUGCCUGGCCUGUUUGGAAUACAGAUAGUUAAAAAUAUAAAGCCAUGAUUCUCUUGAAUUUAUCUGCAAAAUGUGUUCCUCCCAAGAUGAAAUUUAUUUAUUUGUCAGCCCUCUAUCAAUUAAUGGCUAAGAAAAGAUCAAUUUUUACCUGUCUUUUAAUCUAAUCCAUUUCCUGAUACACUAUUAAAUAGAUGUUCAGCUACAUUUAAGUUGGUGAUUUACAAACUUGGAAGGAAACCACCAAAGUCUUUUAUUUUAAAUGCAAGGUGAAAAAAUACAUACAAAUCAGAAAGAAUGCUACAUUUAGCCUUUUUUUUUUCUUAUUCAUAGCAAUUAUGAAGUAUGAAGAGAUAAAUACUGAAAUGUUUUAAUUAACCAACACUGAAAUUAAAUGCAGAGAGAAACAAAAUUUUUCUUUACACUCUACAAAAGUGUUACAUUCCCUAAAUUAACAGAAAAAAAAAUGAGGAAGAGUGCUUGUGUUUAUUCAUUAUAGUUAAAGAAUUAUCUGACAUUUUGAUUUGGAGAUCUUACACAUGUACUGUUAAUAUUUUUUGGACCAGAAAUUUUCUAGAAACAGUUUUAGAACUGUGUCAUAAAAUGUCUUUUCUAGCUCUUAAGUUUUCUGAUCCCAAUCAGUUUUUACAGCUACCUUGAAAAUGGUUAGAUGUUCUCUUUUCUAAGAAAUGGGGGCAUGUCUCAAAAAUCAUAUUAAAGGUAGAGCUUUGUUGGAGGACCGUUUAAAGAACCUGAGUGAGGGAAGUCUCUAAAUUCUCAGAGAUGGGAGCAAUGAAAGUCUCAAUAUAGGUAAAGUUUUUGGGCUAAUAGUUUCCAAAAUGUCUCUUUUGCUAAGAGAGGAGCUAAAUGUAGGUUUCACUUAUUGUAUUCUUGUAAGUAGUUUGACAUAUAAAUUGUUUACAAAAACCACUAAGGUUAGCAUGAAGACAUGUGAAGACAACUUUUAAAAAUUAUCAUCUACAAGAGCCAUUGUUGUGAUCAAGGUGUUGUGAUCAAGCCCUAUCUUAAGGUAUGAGGAGGAAGUGAUCACCUCUGCUUGUGAUACUCUAGUUUUUUAUAUGAUAGUCCCCCCCAACAAAAUAAUAAGAAAGAACAGCAAAUGGGCUCUUGCAUGGUUAUACUUACGUUUUUGAAGUACAGUGGUGGUUUUUAUUUAACUACAUAUAUUUCUUUCUGUACUCCUGAUCUAAAUCUGAAUCUUUUUGCUUUACUUAUAAAUCUCUGAAAAUAUUGGUUUGAAUUGGACUACAAUACCCAAAUAUCCACCGACACUACUUUUUUGAAUGGAGAGCCAAAUAAAAAUUUGGCCAUGUAUAUAUAUAUAUUCUUUUACAGAUUACCCGUGCAUUCAUUUUUUAAUAUUGAGAACUGAUGAUUGUUCUUCAGGUGAGCAUCAUAUAGCAUGAAUGAAAGAAGUACCCAUGAAGAAUGAAACACUUCACUAAACAAUGUUAUAGCCAUUUCUGUGUUUUAAGCUAUAACUAUAGCCUGCUCAUUAUUGUGGUGGCGCAAUUUUGAUUUGGAGACUUUUUCAAAUAUUUCUAAGCAUGACUACAUUUUAGAAUACUUAAAAAUGCUUAACAUAAACAGCCUUAAUUUUCUCAUUAGUAUUGUUUAACUUGGUUUUAAAUGUUGACAAUAUUUACAAGUGGAAAUAAAAUUAAUAAAAAAAUGAAAUAUCCUUUCUAAAUACAAUUCAUUGUAUAUACCAUGAAAACAAACAUCUUUAUUUCAAAGCCAGUGGUAUUUUGAGCAGUUUUAUUUAAAUAUGCAGACCAGGGAGAGAGGUGUACAAAUCUUAAUAAUUUCUAAGGAUGAGAAGGAAAAGGUGAAAAUGCAUUUAAACUGUCUUUAUAGUGUCUAUUUUCAAAUGGGAUGCUGUUUAAUUCUUGUUCAUCUCUUCUUUCAAUGAUGAGUUUUACUAUUUUCAGAGAGGAUUUUUAAAAAUUAAAAAUAGAAACCCCCUUUUCUCUGGUGAGUCAAGGCUUAGUUUACUGUAUUGACUGGGACUUGUGUUUCCUGUCUGCUCUAAAUGCUGUUAACACUAACGUAGAACAAAAGAGUAUGAAAGCACAAUGGGAAGAAUAAUUGGGAGCAGAAAGAUUUUAGACUAUUUGGGAAAAUAUUAGUUCCUAUAGACCCAUCCUUUGAAUAUGUGAUGAGAAUACAGAAGUACUGAGAAGAAGAAAUGCAAUUGGCAUGAUUUUAUUCUCAUGGAAUUAUAAUGACAUGGGGGUAUCAAAUUUAUUCUUGAAUUGCAUAGACAAAAUUAGGCUCAUUUAAAAAUAAAUCCUAUAAUGCCAAAUUUUCUGGAGGAAAAAAAACAGAGUUCAGAUUACCUGAGAAAUCAGUAGGAAGUGAUCAAAAUAUCCCAGAAAAAUCUAACUAAAUAUAAAAUUAACAUAAGUGGUAAUAAGCAGAUGAUUCAUUGGGCCCAUUUUAUUUUAAGUUGAAAAUAUAGAUUUCAUUAAGGAUAUUUUUAAGUGAUUAACUUUAGGUUAAAGCACAGUAUAUAUGUGUAAAUACACAGGCAAUCGUCAGGUUCUUUUUUCCUUUAGUUUGUUCUCAGAUUCUGAUCAUCAAUAUUGGGCUAUAAAAUAGAUAUUUUUGCUUAAGUGAAAGGCUGAAAUUAAGGACUGGAUUCUUGCCAAUGAUUUGGCAUCAAAAUGCAUGGCUGAUAGUUCUAUGGAUCUCAAACCAAAGGGCCCAUAACUAUAAAAAGUGAAAAUGCAUUUCAAGUCAGUUAUUGUGACUAAAUGCAUCACGUACUUAGACUUUAGGAGAGGUGCUUUAGAGGGAUGAUUUGUCUGACAAAAAUUAAGCCUAAUAACCUAAUUGAAUAAACACCUACUAAAUGAAUAAUAACAAACCUACUUUUAUCAAAGAUCUAUAUGAGUGCCUUUUUUCACUUUUACAAAAUUUCCUGUAGCAAGAUAACACAUUCACAGUUAUUUAAUUGAUCUUAGACUUGGGGUUGUAGGGACACAAUAGAUACUUAUCAUUUAGGGUUUGUCUGAUUAAAUGAUUUUGAAAAUAAUUUCUGGCUAAGCUACUUUCCCUUACAUCAUCGCAUUUAUUGGGGGAAGCUCCUCAGUAUUAUACCAAAUGAAGGACAGACAUACUAGCUAUUAACUUCUGUUGCUCAUCCUUCAAUGCAAGAAAGCCCUUAACAGGCCAUUAUAAAGUCACAAAAACCAUUACCAGGUCUCUGUGAAAGACAUUCCAAACGGAGUUUCCAAACACUAUUGACUGCAUUGCUAUAGUAAAUGUAAGAUCAGUUCUGCCUUUUUGUGUUUACACUUUAGAAGUAAUACAACCCAAUUAAAAUAUUUUUGGAGCAGUUUCUAUGUACAAAGAACCAUCUAGGUAGAACUCUCAAGGAGCUUAUAAUAUGAGCGUAUAAAAGUCAGGCUGAUAAGAAGAUUAUUCAUACAGUUUAAGGAAGCAAGGAUAUCUCUGUAAAGGUUCCUUGGAGGACAUGUGUUUGGAGAAGAUAGCUUGUAGGAUUCAAUAUGUCCAUAGGUGAUGUUAACAGACAGAACAAUUUGCAGUGGAAGAAGAACCAGCUUGAACAAAAAAUCAGAAACAAAUAAGAAUUCCAGUUUAAAUGGAGGUUAAGAUUCACGCAGAAGACAAUGAAAGGUGAGGCUAGAAGGAUAAUUUGAGGUCCUUUGGUAGAGAGACAAGAAUUCUAAGUUCAGAGGACUGAGUUAUAGUGUAAAUUCAUAAAGAGUUCACAAAAAUACUUGACAACAAAAGAGCUAUGCUUAAAACCACAGGAAUUUCAUUUUAUUGGUAUGUGAUAUUUGGAAUAAGAGAAGCCAGUUAGAAGCUGCUAUAAUAUAGAAGAUGAGAGAGGAUGUGGGUCAGCACUUUGGCAAUAAAAGUUAAAUGGAGUAGGAGGAAAGAUGUUUCCUGAAUAAGGAACAAAAUGGCAGAACUCAAGCUUUGAUCAACAAGCAACAUUAACUGAAUGAUAAAGUAAAUGUGUGUUGGAGGGAUUUCGGUAUUGAAUCAUACAUAUUUGUGUGUGAAUAGACAUUAAAAUAGAAUAAGGAAAUUCUGGAUGCAUUUAUAAUCUUGUUUGCUGUUGCUUUGGACAUUUUAAUCAUUUAAUGCCUGUUUUUUCAGUGCAUUGACUUAUGUUUUCCCCACAUUAGGGAGGAAACAAAAAAAAAGAGGAUAAUCUCCUGAAGUGCAAAUCAUAAGACAGGUUUCUUUGGAUUGAAAAAGAAAAAAACAAUUUUUCCUCAUUAAAAGGGAUUUCAUUUCAAAUAUUCUCUGCUAACUUUCUAAAGAAAGAAAAAUAAAGAAGGGAAGGAAGAAAGGAAGGAAGGAAGGAAAUUAAUGUAUUUGAACAAAAAGAGAAAGAGAGGAGAACUGUGAAGUGGCACCAGACAAAUACUAGAAGUUGAUUGAUCCCCAUCCUCAAAUAAUCUCUGAAAUAUUUGACUAGAAUGAAUAUUGAAUUUUUAUUGUUGGACAAAGAAAUGUACCUGGAUCCCUUAAGUCUGAAUAGUAAAGACCAGUGCAUGAUAAUUGGAACUCAGUGAAGCAGAAAGGGCUAAUCCGUUGACUUUAAUGACAUAGUUUCUCUAAAUAGAAAUCAUUCAGAUUUCAGUAAAUCAUUGUAAUAACAGUUAUUUGCACCCAUUAAGUAUUUGUAGUAACUUUGUAUAAUAAAGUUUUAUUGCUUGUGAUUGUAAUGGCUUCUGUUCUGCUUCUGCCUUCUUGGUGAGCAUUUUGUGUUUGUGGCAAAGGUAACUUGAUUUUACAAUGUAUCUAUAUGUUCAUGAUUCUAAGUGCGAAAUAAACCCAGCAACUUGUUCUGAA